GAUACGAGACAAUCCGUUAAUCUUAGCAGAGAAUGAUGCCGAAAAAGCUGAAGCUUUAUCGGAAUAUUUUAGUAAAGUGUUUUCUAUUGGUAAUGAGGAACGACCAAUGAUUCGUCAUGACCGUGAUGGCUCGCUGAUGGAUCCUGUAGUCAUUGAGAAAGAUACUGUUUUAAGGCUACUUCAGCAUCUCAAACCUGAUAAGUCCAGUGGUCCUGAUGAUAUUCAGCCUAGGAUUAUGAAAGCCAUAUCAGAUGAAAUUGCUGAACCAUUAGCGAUACUAUUCGACAUGUCUCUGAGACAGUCCAGACUGCCUAGAGACUGGAAAGACGCCAUAAUAAGUCUGGUGUAUAAGGCUGGGAGUAGGGAUUUAGUUAGUAACUAUAGACUCGUUAGCUUAACUAGUGCAGUUGUGAAACUGAUGGAGAAAAUCAUUCGGAUAGCUGUUAUAAACUAUGUUGAAGGGCAAAAUCUUUUCUCCAGGGAACAACAUGGUUUUCAGAAAGGCCUAUCUUGCUUGACAAAUCUUCUCGUUGCACGAGAAGAGUGGGUUGCGGCAAAGGAUCGGAAUGCUCCUGUGGAUGUAAUUUUCAUAGAUCUAAGUAAAGCCUUUGAUAAGGUUUCCCACUCUGGUCUUAAAUUCAAACUGAAACGUUUUGGAAUCCAAUAAACAGUCGUCGAUUGGAUAAGUAACUUUCUCCAUGACAGGAAACAAAGGGUAGGGGUUAAUGGGGCUCUCUCCUCGUGGGUACCUGUAAAAAGUGGAGUUCUCCAAGGUACAAUCCUCAUUCCUCUUCUCUUCUUACUUUAUGUAAAUGAAUUGCCAACUGUAGCAAAAUCAUCCGUUCUACUCUUCGCUGAUGACAUAAAGAUUUGGAGACCCAUACAUAGUAUGUCGGAUAGAAUAGUAUUACAGGACGAUCUUAGCUCAUUGGUGGCAUGGUUAGACAGGUGGUCACUAGAAGUAAAUCCUAAUAAGAGUGUAGUGAUGCAGUUAAAUAACUCUGAUGAAUCGUAUGACUAUACACUACGUGGAUUCGUGCCACCCAAAGCAAGAAACUAUAAAGACUUAGGAGUUAUAUUAAGCAAUGACCUCAAAACGACUAGUCACUGUAAGGCUGUUGCUGCAAAAGGCUAUAGGAUAUUAUGGUCAAUUCGUAGGUCUUUUCAGUAUUUAGAUGAUGAAAUGUUUGGAUUACUAUGCCCGAUUUAUGUGCGACCACAUUUAGAAUACGGGAUUCAAGCAGCGCGUCCUUGUUUCAAAUAUGAAGCAGGUAUGCUAGAAAGAGUCCAACGACGAGCUACUAAGAUGGUACAAGGUCUAGCUGGCCUAUCUUAUGAAGACAGACUGAGACACCUUAACUUAUUUCCGUUAUCUUACCGUACAAUACGGGGUGAUCUAAUAUUGGCUUAUCGUAUACUGAACGAUGACCUUGGUAUUAACAUGUCUUAUCUUUUGUUUCCGUCUAGAACCGAUCAUUUGAGAGGACAUUCGAAGAAAGUUCAAAAACCGAGAUCAAACCGUUUACGUCUGGAGUUCCGUUUCUCGCACCGAGUAGUGCAUUACACACUUAAUAAUCUGUUCGGGAUCACUUUCAGUUUCUAUCGUGGGCACAAUAACUUGAGACCAAUCGUCAUUUAAUCUCCUAAACCAUAAUCAGUUGUGAGGUACUUUUCAUCACAAGGAUGGUUGUGGAUCAUCUUAAGUGAAGCUAUUAUGUUCUGGCUGACAUCAUACCGCAAACAAAACAUGGCUUUUCAACUACUGAAACAUGAUCUUUAAAUAGUGAGUAUGAUGACAGUUAUUGACCCUUUUUCUCCCUGAUCAUAGCCCUACGGCUCUUUUAUGGCCAAAAAUAACAAAAGUAUAACAUAUACUGGUAAUGGAUUUCCAGCUUACUUCUACUCACAACGUAAUGCGUCCGACUCAUCUAAUAAUGUUUUAUGGUAUAUUUUAAAUAAAAAGCUUUUCGCAAUAAA